AUAUGUAGCACAUGCUUAGAAUGCUGCUGGUGAAACCAUAUUAAGUUUUUCCCAUCAAUCACACGUACCACAGAUUGACACUGCAAAGUCGAAAUCAUGAGGAAGCCAGAUUAUUCUGUUAGUCGCAGAGUGUUAGUUCUAGUGCAAUAAGUGUCUUCUUGAGCAACACACCAUCAUCCAAUUGUCACCCGAAAUCAGAUCUUUCUGUGCGGCUUAUCGAGCAUAUAUUUACUAUUUACUCCGUUGUCCGCCCGUCCGUCAACUAUUUACACACAGAGAGAGAGAGAGACCUUGGGGUUUUGAGAUAAGGUUGGUGGUGCGUUUCGUGGUGGUCCCACCGGUGAGCAGAGAUCAUCAAUGUCAUUGUCAAGUCGAAUCCAUGCAACCAACGGUCGUAUGCAGAGGAGUCAAUAAAGAACAAUAACGAGGAAUGUGCAACAGGCAUUCAUUGAUUUGGAUCGAUCGAUUGCGCUUAUCAGUUAUCGGAAGCUAAUUAAACGAGGAGUGAGGUGUCUCAAGCAGAGCGAAGGCCAUCAAUCAAAACGAGGUCCAGUUGGGGAGCAAGGCCCACUUCGCGUCUCAAUCUCCACCCUCGAGGACGUCCCGUUCUUUUCUCUCCUCGUCCAUUCUUGCUUUCCCCACAGGAAAACAUUCCUCAACAACAACAUGUCCUUCGUCUUGAUCGCUAUUCUGACCAUUUUCACCUUCGUCUACGACAUCUUGACGUACCCCAUCUACCUAAUCGUCCAACAGCCCUGGAAACGUCUCAAUGCCUCAAAACGCCCCAAAGAGGCAAAGACCACAAUCAUCAGCAAGGAGGGAGGAAUUACGUACCGAUGCAUACGAGCCCAGUCCAAGGCCACGUCGGAGAUGAAAGCGGCCAAGGUGGACACUCUGGACAAGCUUUUCUCCUUUGCCUUCAAGAAGAAUGGGACCAAGAAAUGUCUGGGUGUGCGAGAAGUGUUGGGGGAGGAGGAUGAGACGCAGCCGAACGGGAAGGUGUUCAAAAAGUUCAACUUGGGAGGCUACAUGUGGAAAAACUACAUCGAAGUGGACAACCUGGUAGGCACCAUCAGCAGAGGUUUUCGAGAAAUAGGUCUUCAGCCAAAGGACAAAAUUUGCUUGUUUGCCGAGACCCGGCCUGAGUGGCUUAUCAGUGCAAUUGCUGCGUUUCGACAAAAUCUUGCCAUCGUCACUCUUUACUCCACGUUGGGCGACGAGGGUGUGAUUCAUGGGGUGAGGCAGACCGAGGUGGAACUUAUCGUGACGAGCCAUGACCUUCUGCCCAAGUUUCGCACUCUGCUCGCCGAGUGUCCCCACGUCAAGUACAUCGUAUACAUGGAGGACCCUCUUCACAAGACAGAUCGGUCCGGAUUUCCACCCAACAUUUCCAUCUUCUCCUUUUGUGAGGUUCUGGAGAUGGGGUCCAAGUCCAACUACGGCGUUUCCCCACCCACCCCCGAAGACACGGCUGUAAUCAUGUUCACUUCCGGCUCCACGGGAAUCCCAAAGGGGGUGGAAAUGAUGCACAAACACAUAACCAGCGGCAUAAUGGGCUUUUCCGACGCUGUGUCCCCUGUCUACUCAUGGGACGUCUACAUUGCAUACCUCCCACUUGCACACAUUUUGGAGUUGAUGGGCGAAGGCUUCUUCCUCACGGCCGGAAUUCCUAUCGGCUACUCCUCCUCCCUUACGAUGACGGACACCUCGGGAAAGAUCAAGCGAGGGGACAAAGGAGACGCGUCCAUCCUCCAGCCCACGGCCAUGACGGUCGUUCCACUCAUCCUGGACAGGAUUUACAAGGGGGUGCAGCAGAAAGUGAAGGAGGGUGGACCCACAAAGAGCGCCGUCUUCAAAUUCUUUUACGACUACAAACUCAAGUGGUACUACAGGGGAUUUGACUGUCCCAUCGUCAACGCCCUCAUCUUUAAACAAAUCCAGGCCAUGGUUGGAGGGCGCAUGAGAUUCAUGCCUGCUGGAGGUGCCGCACUGUCUCCAGACACGCAAGAAUUUUGUAGGAAUGUUCUGAAUGCGGCCAUUAUGCAAGGUUAUGGACUUACAGAGACAAAUGCGUGUGCGACUGUGACCCUGUUUGGAGAUAUGACGGUGGGACGUUGUGGACAGCCGAUUGGGUGUGUGGACGUCCGUCUGAUCGACUGGGAGGAGGGCAACUACCGCGUCACGGACAAGCCCUAUCCUCGAGGGGAAGUUCUCAUCGGAGGUGACGCCGUGGCUCAAGGCUACUACAAACUGCCAGAACAAACCGCACAAGACUUUUUCGACGAGGGUGGCAAACGUUGGUUCCGCACGGGGGACAUUGGACUCAUGGAAAACGACUUUGUUCUCAAAAUUAUUGAUAGGAAAAAGGACUUGGUGAAACUGCAGUUUGGGGAGUACAUAAGUUUAGGAAAAGUGGAAUCAGAAUUGAAGACGUUCCCAAUGAUUGACAAUAUUUGUAUUUAUGGCGAGUCCUCGAAAACCUACUGCAUAGCAUUUAUUGCACCUUCUCAAGUGCAGUUGGAGGCUUUGGGUGUCAAGCUAGGCAAGAGUGGUGUGAGUUGGGAAAAGUUGUGCGACGACCCCGACGUGGUCAAGCACGUGUUAAAGGAGCUUCAAGAGUAUGCUCGGAAGAUCAAGUUGCAAAAGUUUGAGAUUCCUGGGGCACUAAAGUUGUGUUCAGAACUCUGGACGCCAGAAUCAGGCCUGGUCACGGCCGCCUUCAAGUUGAAGAGGAAACCUCUACAAGACUUUUACCAAGCAGAUAUUAUCAAACUCUACGCCGCCGCCGCCUCAUAAUGCCACCCAAACCAAACCACCUUGCAUAUUUUUACUCAUAAGCUAAUCUUCUAUAUACAUCAAAGUCAUAUUUUAUUUUUAUUGUAAACAGCCAAUUAAAUAAAUACUGCAUCGUGCUACAAGUACAAAACGCA